AUGUCUACGUUUACCAGAUAUCUAUGGCAUGGUUUGUGUUCAUCCGAUGUUUGGAAACCAAAGACUUUACAGCGGCAAGCAUUGAGUUCUCUCUGGGGAUGUGUAGCUUCACAGGUCUUACAUAUUUCCUGUAUUUUAAAAUGUUUGGGUCUAGAACCAUUAUACGAGUCUCCCAAUUACGAAAUAGCAAUGUUUUUAAAAGCAGGCGCCGUAUUCUUUUCCGGCUAUAUGGUAGCAAGUAUUAAAGCAUUGAAUCUUAUCUUAUACGGAUACACUGAAGCACACUUACUAGCUAUGGCGAAGGAACUAAGGGGCCUUUGGAAUGAUCGCAAUCAGUUCUUCCCUCGAAAAGGAAAGAAUAAGAAAGAUAUAUUUAAAAUCCAAGAGCGAUCCAUCAACAAAUAUAUCACACAACAGCUAAGAGAUAUAGCUCAACUGCAUAUAAAAAAUAAGGAUCUCAUUAACUUAUUGGAAGCUAAUGUAAGAAGCGCUAGAGUAGUAGAUAUAACUUCAAUAACAUUUGCAGUUAUUGCGGAGCUGUUGGCUGGUCUUAAUAAUACUUUUUUACAAGCUAAUUUUACUAUGGUAGCUCUGUUUAUAGAUUGCGUUGUUGGUCAGAAAAUUAUUGAUGCCAAUGAAGUAUUUAUAAAGGCAAUAUAUGGGAGUAAAUGGGAAAACUUUGACACUUCAAACAAGAAGACUGUGCUGUUGAUACUGAUGAAUGCGCAGAGAGUUAUGAGGAUAUCAGCAGGGGGUUUCAUGGAUUUGAGUUUUGUUUCCUUCGCGACUGUCAUUAGAUUUACCUAUUCAACAUAUACAACUCUGAAAUCGGCUAUUAAGUAA